AAACAUACAUAUGGGUCAAAACCUUGACUAAACAAACAUGAAUGUCCGAUUUCCUACAUUACACAACGGCUGUCUUUAGUGUUGUGUUGGGUUGCGCUCUUAGAUUUUGCUGCCAACUGCCAUGGCUGCUGCGAUGAAGAUUGUGUUUGGACUCCUUACGUUUGUCACUGUUGGAAUGAUUAUAGGUGCUUUGUUCCAGUUGGCAUUUAUACGAAGAUUGGAGGAGUCAUAUGGAUCUGAGUUUCCAGCUUCAAGGAGACUGGGCAGAAGUCUAAAUGAUGGCUAUCUUAAAUUCCCCAGAGGUGUUCCUCAUUGGACCAAUGACAAAGAAGCAGAAAUUUUACGCCUUGGAUAUGUCAAGCCAGAAGUGAUAAGCUGGUUACCUCGAAUAAUUGUGCUUCAUAACUUCUUGAGCACGGAGGAAUGCGACUAUCUUAGAGCUAUUGCCUCUCCUCGCCUUGAAGUAUCCACUGUAGUGGACAUCAAAACAGGAAAGGGGAUAAAGAGUAAGGUUCGUACCAGCUCUGGUAUGUUCUUGAGUCCUCAAGAGAAAAAGUUCCCAAUGAUACAGGCAAUUGAAAAACGUAUUUCUGUCUAUUCUCAAGUACCAAUAGAAAAUGGGGAACUGAUUCAAGUUUUGAGGUAUGAAAAGGACCAGUAUUAUAAACCUCAUCAUGACUACUUCUCUGACACUUUUAACUUGAAACGUGGUGGUCAGCGAGUAGCAACAAUUCUGAUGUAUCUGAGUGACAAUGUUGAGGGUGGAGAAACUUAUUUUCCUAUGGCUGGCUCAGGUGAAUGUAGCUGUGGUGGAAAAGUUGUAAAGGGUAUGUCUGUCAAGCCAACUAAAGGAGAUGCUGUCCUUUUCUGGAGCAUGGGUCUGGAUGGCCAAUCAGAUCCAAAUAGCAUACAUGCAGGGUGCGAGGUGCUAGCUGGGGAAAAGUGGUCAGCCACAAAAUGGAUGAGGCAAAGAGCUACCUCUUGAUUUUUCUAGCUUGCACCUCUUAAAUUAUAUGAAUUUUGGGGCUUUUACCUGGUUCAUGAAAUAGAUAGAUACGUACAGUCAGAUAUCUCUAAGCCAUGAUGGACAUCAAGUUUGGCAUUCCAAAUAUGAUGAGCAUCAAGAGUAGUGUCAUACCGCCUCAGUUUAGGUAGUAGUGGGAUUAAACAGAACAACAUACUCAAUAAUCAUGAUAGAAAGUGAAGAGUGCAUAUGAUCACGGAGAAUAGUAUGGGAUAAGGUGCAUCUUGUAAUGAAAUUCUGUUGCCGAGAAAGGCAAAAUGCAAAUGCUUUCUUGAUGGCAAAAUUUAGGCCUCUUAUGAAA